AUGAUGAAGAUGAUGAUGGUGAUGAACGGACGAAACGACGUCGCUAGAUUUGGAGCGAGGAAGGAAGAAGUAGUAGUAGAAGUAGAAGAAGAAGAAGAUAACGACGACUGUUUCUAUGAGUCUCUCGAUCGCGUUCUCUCGUCCUGCUCUUGUUCCACUUCCAACUCAGAUUACGACUCUGACCCCAACAUCUCCGACUCGAUCCACGAUCCGAAUCCGUUUCCGCUCCCCUCCGGUUUCGAGCUGUGGAAAUCCGAGCCUGAAUCUGUGUCAGAGAGACGAAUCAGGCUUUUGCGCGGAUUGGGACUCAGCAACGAGCCGGAUCUCCCUCCGGCGAGCCAGCUCCGGUCUAAGAGCCGCAGAAAAGGGAUUUGCAGCUCUCAUUUCGCCAGAUCGGUUUCGUCUGAUGUACUCAUCUCAAAGCAUCAUGGCAAAUGCGUAGCCGGCGGCGUGUUGAGGUCAGACGCAGCAGCUAGCGUCAAUGUCGAUCCUGGUAAGCUUCGACAGUAUACCGGAUCUCGUUGUUCUUGCUCUUCUGCAAAUAUGCUCAAUGAUCAUUCUUCGCGUGCGCGUAACAAUGUGCUUGUUGGUGGUGUUGAUUUCAUAAGCAAAGAGCCGAUAGAAACAUCUCUUAGGGACGUUUUAGAGAAACAAAGUUUAAGUAAUUCGUUUCAUGGGAACGGGCGGAGAGAUGCUCUUCUGGAGGAGCAAAUGUGCACCAUUAGGAAUCUAGAUACUGGCAAAGAGUUUGUUGUGAACGAAGUUAGAGAUGAUGGAAUGUUGGAGAAGUUGAAGGAGGUAGGUACCGAUCGGCAAUUGACUCUGGAGGAGUUUGAGAUGUGUGUUGGGACAUCACCGAUCGUUCUCGAGCUCAUGAGGAGGCAGAAUGUCGAAGAUGUUUGUAAAGACUCUGUGGAUUUGAAUACCAACGUUAGUGGAAGCAGAGUAACCAAGCAUAGACGGAGAGGGAGUUGGCUGAAGAGUAUAAAGAGUGUUGCUAGUAGUGUAACAGGUUACAAAGAGCGUCGAAGCACCGACGAUAGAGAUUCACCGUCCGAGAGAGGAGGUCAUAGGUUUAGCUCUGCAACUGAUGAUAGCCGAGACAUGUCCUUCCACGACCCGGAGAGAGUUAAGGUUAGGCAGUAUGGAAAGUCAUGUAAAGAGCUCACGGCACUUUUCAAGAGCCAAGAGAUUCAAGCUCAUAAAGGGUCCAUUUGGAGCAUUAAGUUCAGUCUGGAUGGGAGGUACCUUGCUAGUGCUGGAGAGGAUUGUGUUAUUCAUAUUUGGAAGGUUGUAGAUUCAGAAAGAAAGGGAGAGCUCUUGUCGAUGGAUAAACAACAAGAAGAUGGAAGCAUAAAUCUGUUUCUUUUGGCAAAUGGAUCUCCAGAGCCAGCUUCAAUGUCUCCGAGGAGAAGAGGGAGAACAUCUUUUAGCCGAAAAUCAGUGAGCCUGGAUAAUGUUCUGGUUCCAGAAACAGUCUUUGGUCUUUCAGAGAAACCCGCGUGUUCGUUUGUAGGGCAUUUGGAUGAUGUGCUUGAUCUUUCGUGGUCGAAAUCUCAGCACCUGCUCUCCUCUUCCAUGGACAAGACUGUACGUUUGUGGGAUUUAUCUAGCAAGUCAUGUUUGAAAGUCUUCUCACAUAGUGACUACGUGACUUGCAUCCAGUUUAAUCCCAUGGACGACAAUUACUUCAUCAGUGGAUCAUUGGAUGCAAAAGUUCGCAUAUGGAGCAUUCCUGAUCAUCAAGUUGUUGAUUGGAAUGAUCUUCACGAAAUGGUCACAGCUGCUUGUUAUACACCGGAUGGUCAGGGGGCAUUGGUUGGUUCAUACAAGGGGACUUGUUGCUUAUACAACACACAUGAUAACAAACUGCAGCAGAGAAAGGAAAUCAAUCUGAAGAACAGGAAAAAGAAAUCGAAUCACAAGAAAAUCACUGGUUUUCAGUUUGUGGCGGGAAGUUCAUCGGAAGUGCUUGUCACAUCUGCAGAUUCACGUACGCGUGUUGUUAACGGUGUUGACCUUGUUCACAAGUUUAAAGGGUUUCGCAACACGAAUAGCCAAAUCUCGGCCUCACUAACAUCAAACGGGAAAUUCUUAGUCUCAGCAAGCGAAGACUCUAAUGUGUAUGUAUGGAACUACGACUCAGACUCUCGAGCUGGAAGAAGCAAACGUGUCACAGUCACAAACUCAUACGAACACUUUUACUGUCGAGACGUCUCUGUGGCUGCACCUUGGCCUGGCAGAAUCAGUAACAACAAUCAACGCAACAACAGCCCCGACCAGUCACCUUUCACAGCCAAUAACCCUCCAACACCUGUCAACGAUCCAACCAACAACAAAACCGUCACCAACGGUAUCAUUUCGAGCGCCACGAACCGUUACUUCUUCGAUAGAAUCUCAGCGACUUGGCCCGAAGAGAAACUUUUGCUGGCUGCGAAGAACCGAGCACGAACUAGCCCUCGUGUAAGCGUCGACAUGUCUAAUGGACCGGUUAGCACAAAACCGAGUGCUUCUGCUUGGUCUAUGGUGAUUGUUACUGGCGGUUUACGAGGCGAAAUCAGAACUUUUCAGAAUUUUGGAUUACCGGUUCGUCUAUGA